AUGACUCAAAAUAAUAAUAACACAAUUGAUCUUUAUCAAACUUAUCUUAGUUUAAAAAAAAAUCAAAUUAUAUUCGAUGGAUAUUUUUCAGAUUUAUCAUUAUACAAAGAAACAUUAGAAAAAAUGAAAAAAAAUGGCUUUUCUGUUGAUACAAUUCUUACACAAGUUUGUGCAGAAAUAGAAAUUAACAAAAAUUUGUUAAAUGAUAGUAAAGAUAAUAUUAGUAAAUUUGAAAAGAAUAUACGUAAUUUUAGUCUUCUUAUUAUUGUUAAUGAAGAUAAAAAAGUUUGGAUAAGUCAACGUAUUAAUCCAUUUAAAGAUUAUUACAAUAAAUGGCAAGUAGUAGGUGGUGGUAAAAAUUCAAAUGAAUCUUAUAUGGACUGCGCAAUUCGUGAAGCUAAGGAAGAGGCAGGAGUUGAUAUUAAAUUAGAAAAUUUAAAAAUAAUUAGUACUAUUGAGGGAUUUCGAGUUUUUCCAGAUUCUGAAGGACAGCAAAUAUUAUAUCGUACAGUAAUUUAUUAUACAAUUACUAAUCAAAUUCUUCAACAUACUGAAAAAGAUAAUCAUUCAGAAUGGAUUUUAGUAGAUUUAAAAAAAUUAGUAGAGUAUGAUAUGACUGAUUCUAUUAAAGAACAUAUGUCAAUUAUAUUAGAAGUAAUUAAUAAGAAAUUUCGUGCAAUUCGAACUGCUGAAAGUAAAAAGAGAAGUGCAGCAAGAAGAAAACAUAAAGAAAUUGAAAGUGCAGAAACUGAAAAAGAAAUUUUAGUAGUAAAAAAUGGUGUUGUUAAAACAAAAAAACAAAAAAAAAUACAUAAGAUAGAAGAAAAAGUUACAAAUGAAAGUAGUAGUAGCGAAGAUGAAAAUGUAGAAUCUAGUUCAAAUUAA